UAACCAGAUGCUGACCGACGCCGAGGAGACGAGCAGCAGCGGCAGUUCGUCAGGAACAGGAAAAUCAGCGGCGCGCUCCACGCGUUGCUCCGAGCGCGCGACAGACGUGCCACCAGACCAGCGCCGCGGCGUCCAGCGACCUCGCAGCGCAAGCACUCCUUUUUAUAACCCGAGCGCGCGGCAGGCAUGGGGAACGGCGGCGGGACUGGCGAGAAGACGAAGGCCACCGGUCGCGAACCACCCUCCUCCUCCUCGCACGCCUCGAAGUCGAAGCGGCAUCGGAGCACGCGCGGCGACGCCAUGGCCGACCGCUUCUUCCCCAACGACUUCCCCGACUUCGUCGCCGAGGCCGAGGCCGAGGCCCCCGGCGGCGGCGGCGACCGGCCCGCGGGGGUCCGGGGCCUGCUCUCUCUCCCGUACGCCAGCCUCUCCGACCGCUUCCUUCGCGCCGCGCGCCGCCUCAAGGACAAGGCACGGCGCCCCGCUACUCGAUCGCUCUCUACGGUUUCCUGCCGCGCGCCCGCCACCUGCUCGACUGAUUGCUCUGUUCCGCUUCUCCCUCCCUGGCUGCAGGUGGUGGAGGAGACGUGGGUGAAGGCGGGGCGGCAGGUGACGGACUACACGCUCUACACGGGCGCGCUCGGGACGGCGCUCCUGCUGUUCAAGUCCUUCCGGGUCACCGGCGACCGCGGGGACCUCGCCCUCGCCGCCGACAUCGUCCGCGCCUGCGACGACGCGUCGCAGGGCCUACCGUUCUUGACAUUCAUAUGUGGGAGGGCCGGUGUCUGCGCUCUUGGGGCUGUGAUUGCCAAGCAUUGCGAUGAUCAGUUGAGGUUAACCCAAUAUCUGAGCUCCUUUGAUGAGAUAACAAUCACCGAGAAAGUACCAAAUGAGUUGCUGUAUGGAAGGGCGGGGUAUCUAUGGGCUUGCUUGUUCUUGAAUAAACAUCUCAACGAGAAGACGAUCCCUCUUGAACACAUUAAUUCUGUGGCAAAGGACAUCAUUAUGGAGGGAAGAAAGCUGUCAAGCAAGGGGAAUAGCCCGCUGAUGUAUGAAUGGCAUGGGAAGAAGUACUGGGGUGCUGCCCAUGGUCUUGCUGGAAUCAUGCACGUGCUCAUGCACACUGAACUUAAACUGGAUGAGCAGGAUGAUGUGAAGAACACCCUGCGGUACAUGAUCAAGAACAGAUUUCCUAGUGGCAACUAUCCCUCAAGUGAAGGCAAUGAAUCUGAUCGGUUGGUGCAUUGGUGUCAUGGUGCCCCUGGUGUUGCGCUGACAAUGGCUAAAGCAUAUGAGGUCUUCCAUGAUGAUCAUUUCAAGCAAUCAGCUGCAGAGGCUGCGGAGGUUGUCUGGAACCGUGGACUUCUGAAGAGAGUUGGGAUAUGUCACGGUGUAAGCGGGAAUGCGUACGUGUUCCUCUCAUUGUACAGGCUAACUGGCAACGUUGAUUACCUCUAUCGAGCAAAGGCUUUUGCAUGCUUUCUUCUCGAGAAAGCUGAUGAGUUGAUCGCCGAGGGGGCGAUGCAUGGGGGUGAUCGCCCGUUUUCACUGUUUGAAGGGAAGGCUGGGAUGGGAUACCUCCUCUUGGACAUGAUUGAUCCAUCUGAAUCAAGAUUCCCAGCCUAUGAACUUUGAUAGACCUCAUCUGUACACUUUCCUGUGAGUUGUGAGGUUCAGUGAUCCAUCAGUCUGAAGAACUUGUCUUAUGUUUUCUUGUUUAUUCUGUUGUAACGUCUAACGUGUAUCUUGGACCUCGGUAGCAUUUCCUCUGUGUGUAAAUUUUAGUGUUCCUGAUGUCUCAAACUUACCUUUUUGUAAAGUAUAUGUGUGAAGGGGUCUGGCCGUCUGGCAAUAAGGAUGAUGUUUAUGCCGAA